AUGGGAGUCAACCGAGGGAAAGAUCCCGCGGACGGGGAACCAAAACCGAGCAAUCCCAAGAGGGAAAAGGCAGUCGAAUCCACCAUCUCCAUCGAGAAAAAACCCGAGCCCAGAAAAACCGAACCAGUCAAGAUAACUAAGACACGACAAGGAUCCCAACAACGACAUAGAAGUCGCAAGGAACGUCGGAGAAGAAAGGCACCUAAAGCCCUAAAUCUCUCACCCGAGACAACAAGACCGCCUCAAGCCUUCGAAAUCUCCGACAACAGGAAGAUGAGAGGCCGAACUCCCAACUCCGAAGAUGUCACCGGCAAGACAAACAAGGAUCUAACACCAACAUCGCCGCCACACCCAUAA